CAUCAACUCCAUUUUACUCAUUAUCUAUUUCCGGCAGUGAGCAAACAUCAACACCGCUACCUCAAGUUUGUUGUGCGCGUCACGACAGUUCGCAUCAGAUCGGCAACCGCCAACGAACUUCGACCUCACUGUCGCUAGAUCAUACACACUGUUGAUCUCGGUUCAGUGAAGCCAUCGCUCCAGUUUUCAUUACAUCACACCUUAACCUCACUGCCAACCGUACAAUUCAGCUUUCUAUUCUUCAUCAUGGCGCCAUCAGUCGAGCCAUCUGCCGGUGCCCAGCAGCUUGCGAACAAUCCCCCCAACAGAGCUAUCCAGUCAGAUGCGGUCAGAGUGCACCAAGCAAUGAAUUCAGGGCUGAGACCACUACCCGAUGAGAGUAUGUUGGAUCAUUGGAUUCACUGCGGCAUUAUGGCUGUAUCGGUAUACGCACGCGACGUAUCUGCCGAGGAUGGCUCCCUAUCAUUCUAUGAUGGCUGUCUCACGGUCCUAAUCGGCAUCUGGAAUAAAAACCGUGAGGCGCUCAUCAAUGCUCUCAAUCAAAAUCCUACGCCAUCUCCUGCUGCAAGUAUGUAUCUAGGCGGAGGUGCAAGUGGUGGCGGCCCUGCUUAUAGAGGUUUGCAGCCUCGCCAGCACAUGGAUUGGAUCGACUCGGAGGACCAUAUUCAGGGCUCUAUCUUGAUGAUGUCUCUAGCCGCAUGGGAUGAGUCUAUCCGUCAAAACUCAACCCAAUUUUUUGACCGUCAUUUCGCAAAUGCAAUCGCCACUUGGAACCAAAACCGCGAGUGGGGAGUCAUGGCUCUGACGCGUGCUCCUAUCACAGGAGGAUCCGUUGCCUAAUAUCCAUUGGAUGAUUGCAGCCGUGCAUCUGGAGGCCGCGUUUUAACAUCUCUCUUUUCGCUGCAUAAUUUUUGCUCGAGACGAGGCCAUUGCAAGAGCAUAUUAUAUUGAGACGGCAUAGUACGGAAGAUUUUAGGAUUAUAUUCGUACUGCCUGUUUUGUUUUCUAGCGAAACAUGGCAUUUGCUUAAGAGUCGAUCUGGCUACAUAUCUUCAUCGUUAAAUACACAUUAUCA